CCCGGGCCGCACGCAUGCCAGGCAAGCGCGCUACCGCUUGAGCCACAUCCCCAGCCCCCCCUUGCAAUUUCUGUGGUUCAUUAGUUCAAAAAAUCAUCCAAUAAAUAUUUGAACGCCAAUCAGGCGCCGGGCAUCGACUAGGCUCUGUGAACAUGCCUCUGGGUUCCGUGGCCAGGAGCCCUGUGAGGCUGGUAUGGGCUGUAUGCGGUAUAGCCCUUUCCCAGGGUCACGCCGACCGCAUUCCCACCUCAAACACUACCCUCAUCUGCCGCAAGUGAGCUCUACACAAGCUGUGGUUCGAUUGACCCCUGACAAAACCCCCAUAAUUCGCCAGUGCUCACAGGAUGAGUCGAAGCUCAGCACUCGGUAACUGAGGUUGUCGCCGCGCUACUGCAUAAGUGGCCACUCCAAACUGAAAGGCUUCUUCGGAGUCCAACAGGUAAUGCCCUCCCUCCCAUCUUGUCUCCCGAAUCCCUUGUCCUUCAAACGCAGGACUCCUCAGAUGGCUCCUCCCCUCCUGUUCAAGGACCUCUUGGCCCCAUUGGAGUGCCCCUGCCCGGGAUUUAACUGCGGAGACCAUGCGCCUCUGUCCCCUGUCAGCAAGUCCUAGCUCCUCUCCCUCAGCGGGUCCAAGCUCCUCCCCGGUUUCCCUCAGGCUCCGCCCGCGUUCGGCGUGCGCGGGCCCGCGGUCUCGGCGCGCACCCCGCCCGCACGCCAUCUUGGAGGCGCUGAGAGGUUCAGGCGGGAGUCUUCUUGGUCUGCUGAGUGGGCAGUGAGAGUCACAGACAACACAGCAAGCAGGAUGGAGCACUACCGGAAAGCUGGCUCUAUAGAGCUUCCAGCACCUUCCCCAAUGCCCCAGCUACCUCCUGACACCCUGGAGAUGCGGGUCCGAGAUGGCAGCAAAAUUCGAAACCUGCUGGGACUUGCACUGGGUCGAUUGGAGGGAGGCAGUGCACGACAUGUGGUGUUUUCAGGUUCUGGCCGGGCUGCAGGGAAAGCGGUCAGUUGCGCUGAGAUUGUCAAGCGUCGAGUUCCAGGUCUGCAUCAGCUCACCAAACUGCGUUUCCUGCAGACUGAAGACAGCUGGGUCCCAAAUUCACCUGACACAGGUUUAGACCCCCUCACAGUACGUCGCAAUGUGCCUGCAGUGUGGGUACUGCUUAGCCGGGACCCCCUGGACCCUAGUGAGUGUGGCUACCAGCCCCCAGGGGCACCCCCUGGCCUGGGCUCCAUUCCCAGCUCCAGUUGUGGCCCCCGACCCCGAAGAAGACCUCGAGACAACCGGUCCUGAAGACCUGCUAAACCAGGCUGUUCUCUAGGUCUGAACAUCUGAGAUGGCUGUGCCUUUUCUGAGACUCCCCCCCUUUGACUGCUCACCAUUCCCAACACAGCUUGGGUCCACAGAAAUCCUGCUGCCCCUUCCGUCUGGCCUAUUGGAAGGGACUGCUAUGAAGAACACCAUGUGUGGGGGUCUCUGCUGAUUUCUGGAUUGUUUGAGAAGGGCUUUGCCUUCAGCCUGCAGUACAUUUGACCUGCAGUACAUUUGACCUUCUAAUGGAGGUCUAGAGUUAGGAAAUAAAGGUUCUGCCCAUUUGUCAGAUGAACCUUGGCCUGCUUUGUGGAAGUGGGAGUAAAGGAAUAGAAGUCCCUAUCUUUUGCCCCCUGAGAGCUAAUAGGCUGGAUACAGAGAAAGAAUAGGCUCAGGAUGGUGUUGGAUCUAGUGAAUAAGAAUCUUCAAGCAGUGACCUGAAUCUAUGUAGACCCAUGGUUGGCUGUUUGCCACCUGCUUUGGGCUCAUUCAGGAAUUCUGCAAGCUCAGGUUUCUCCCCUUCUGCAGCAUAUGUUACAGUGGGAUCAUGGACCCAGGCAUCAGCCUGUCUGGAUUUGAAUCCUGGUUCUACCACUUGAAAUUUACUGCCUUGUGAUCUUGGACAAGUUACUCUUCUGUGCUUUAGUGUUCUAAAUGAUAGUGUUUACCUCAUGGGGUUGUUUUGAGGAUUAAAUAAAGAGAAAUAAAUAUUUGAUACUUAGAUGACACUUGGGCAGCUAGUGCUAUAUAAAUGUUAACUGCUUUUAUAAUUGACUCAGUUUGUAAAUAUGUUCUUUCCUGUCUUAAAAAAAUGCCUCAGUCCCACA